AUGAAUGACAAGACGAUCCACGAUGACGAUCGGACUGUUCCUGUUGCUGACAGUGGCUGGGUUUAUCUAAACCCAAAUCUAGGUCCACCACAAUCACCGGCCAUUUUAUCCAUUACCCAAACGCAGCUCUACACCAUAUUGGUCACCUGGGUGGCAGGCCAUGAUGGCGGCUUUGACCAAACCUUUACCCUAGACAUAAAGGAGGCUAGUGAUGACGAUAGUAACUACGUCACCAAACUGACCUUGGCCGACCCAGGUUACCGCAAUAAUGUGACGUCACUUCUAGCAGAUCUAAAAAUUGACGUUAAUUACGCAUUAAAGCUGACGUCAACCAGUACCAAGCCCGUAGGGGUCAACAACGCAUCGGUAACAUCCAAGUUCACAAAUGAAGGCAGAAAGGACUGUGCACAACUCUACAGGAGUGGUGUGAUGAGGAACGGAGUGUAUCAGAUUCUCCCGGCAGACAGUGCAGAUUCAUUUGAAGUCUUCUGUGACAUGACCACUGAUGGAGGAGGAUGGACGUUGUUCCAGAAACGCAUGGACGGUUCCGUGGACUUCUACAGAGACUGGAAUGACUACAAACAUGGCUUUGAAAAUCUGAGCGGGGAACAUUGGCUAGGUAAUAACAAGAUGUAUCUUCUCACCUCCCAAGACGACUAUGAGCUGCGUGUCGACAUGGAAGGCGCUGCAGGCAUUUGGGCCUUCGCCCAAUACGACCACUUUGGCAUCUCAUCGGAAGCGACAAAAUACCGUCUAAGAUUGGGAAAUUAUUCUGGAAACGCGGGCGAUUCCCUCCAUGCUCACCGUGGGUAUACUUUUGCAACAAAAGACAGAGAUAAUAACGGGAACUGUUCGCAGACAUUCAAGGGAGCUUGGUGGUAUUAUUCUUGUCAUUCAUCCAAUUUGAACGGUCAGUAUCUCCUCGGACACCAUGAAACAUACGCUGAUGGCGUCAAUUGGUAUGGUUUUAGAGGAACACACCAUUCCUUGAAGACCACCGAGAUGAAGAUCCGCCCUGUUGACUUUUAG